CCUCCUCCCCCAUUUCCUUUCCCCUGUCCCAUGCCUGGAAUUCACUCCCCCUCCCUUUCCAUCCUGCAUCUCGCCCUCCGAAGGAGCCACAUUCAGAUUCAGAGGUACCUGGGACGGGACGGUGCUCCAAAUCCACUCUUUUUUCCAAACUGAUUUGAGCCAAAGUCAAGGUUUAUCUUUGUGCACCAUGGGAGUGAGCCGAGGAUGUUUACUUUGUGUUAAAAUAAAAAUGUUUCUGUUCAAUCUCAUCUUCUGGCUGGGUGGCUGUGGGGUGCUCGGCGUGGGCAUAUGGCUGGCUGCUACGCAGGGUCGCUUUGCUACCUUAUCCUUCUCCUUCCCAUCGCUGUCAGCAGCAGGACUCUUCAUGGCAACAGGUGCCAUCAUCAUGGUGGUGGGGUUCCUCGGUUGCUUGGGAGCAGCCACAGAGCAUCGAUGUCUCCUGCUGACAUUCUUCGUGGUGCUUUCUACCCUCUUUCUGCUGGAACUAGUUGGGUUGCUAGUUUUUUUCACUUGCCGGGAUAAGUUUGAUCAAUAUGCCCAGUCUAACCUCAAGGAAGGACUCAAGCUCUAUGGCACAGAUGACAACAUGGGGUUAACCAAAGCAUGGGACCUGGCGCAAAAUGAGUUCCGUUGUUGCGGGGUACGGAACUACACCGAUUGGUUUGACGUGCGGAAUAGCACUUGGGUUCCUGAGUCGUGCUGCUUACAGCGAAGCGAUGAUUGUCAAAGGGACAGUACCAGCUGGUGGAAAGAGCCUUGCUACGAGAAGGUGAAACGUUGGCUAGCAGAGAACAUCUUUGCAAUGGGCAUUUUUUCUGCCUGUAUCAUUGUUGUCCAGGUCUUGGGCAUCGUGUUCUCCAUGCUGAUGUACUGCCAAGUUCGGAGGGUAGAGAAAUACUACGACUGACUCCAUCCAAGUCCCUCCUUUGUCCUUUCAAUUUUGGGGACAUGAGAUGCAGGUGGAUCAAGAGCAUUUUUGCUCCUCUGGAGGUUGUUUUUUUUUUGCAUUGGUCUCUUCCCACAUCUUUUUUUCCGUUUCUCUUAUUCAGGCGAAAGCCAGUUCUGAUGCUUGGUAGGUUCAUACCAUGCAUGCAGGAGGGGCCUUCUCUUCCCAGAAUAACCAGUUCUCCUGAAGAACUUCAUCUCUGUUUCUAUUGUCCAUAAGUUUAACUCCUAAGCAAAUCUCUUCUUUACAUCUUGACUUCUAUAUUUUAUUAUGUAGCCCCUCCAAUUGCCUGCCUUGUAUAUAACAAAAGUAUAACAAGCACCAAUAAAACAGUAUUUAUCUUUUAGAAUCUGCAUUUGGU